GGCACAUCAGUUACAGAAGAAAAGUUUCUGUCUAUAUCAUCACGGGUGAGGCUCUUUUAAGGAUAUAUUAUGUGCAUUCCGCUGCGACCACUUAACACAGCACUUGCAACUGUGCAGUUCUCAGUUUCUCUAAAAUGAAAAUUGGGAGACGAAUUAGUCCCCUUUUUUGUUCUCCUCUUCGUAGCAAUAAAAUCAGUUCCAUUGCAGCUUCGCCAAUUCAAUUUUUCUCAGAAGAUAGGGAACGAGAUCCCCGCCAAAACUCAAACUUUCUAUCUUCAUCUCUUCAACAUUACAUCCAUUCAGAUCAUCCAACUCAAGGUCAGAAAUUCCAUGCCCACUUUAUUAAAACAGGAUACCGAUUCAACACCAACAUCUCCAUCAAACUUCUUAUUCUGUAUAUAAAAUGUGGUUUUUUAACUUACGCCCGUCUUGUGUUCGAUGAAAUGCCUAGCCCAACUGUCUCUUCUUUUAACUCCAUGAUUGCAGCUUAUGUUAAGCAAAACCAGCUUGAGGAAUCAAUGAGUUUAAUAAAAAGAAUGGCUUACUCUGAUGAAAAACCUGAUGGGUAUACAUUUUCGAUGAUUUUAAAGUUAUCUACAACGGGCACAUUUAUAUCGACGGAUUUAGCUAAGGAGGUUCAUGCCCAGAUACUGAAACCUUGUAUUGAGACUGACGAUAUUCUUUCUACAGCGCUUAUUGAUUCGUAUUGUAAGAAGGGGGAGGUUGAUUACGCUAGGAAAGUGUUUGACAAGCUAUACGAAAGAAAUGUAGUUUGUUCAACGGCUAUGAUUACAGGGUAUAUGAAACAAGGAUCUUUUGUAAAUGCUGAAGAGAUCUUUUUGGCGACAGUUGAUAAAGAUACAGUGGUAUUUAAUGCCAUGAUUGAGGGUUACAGUAAAUCGAUUAAAACUGCUGCAAAAUCACUUCAAGUGUAUAUUGAAAUGCAACGGGUGAAUUUCCGGCCAACUAUAUCGACCUUUGUGAGUGUCCUUGGAGCUUGCUCCGUAUUAGCUUCAGAUGAAAUAGGCGAACAAGUUCAGGGUCAACUUAUGAAAACUGAAUUAUUUUCAGACGUGAAAUUGGGAAGUGCACUUAUAGAUAUGUAUUCGAAAUGUGGGAAAACUGAGGAGGCACAGAGAAUUUUCGAUUAUAUGCCAGACAAGAAUGUUUUCUCUUGGACUUCCAUGAUCGAUGGAUUUGGGAAGAAUGGUAUGGCAGACGAAGCGCUUGAUCUUUUUAAGAAAUUGAGGAAAGAAAAAAGAAUUAGACCCAAUUAUGUUACAAUUCUCAGUGCUCUUUCAGCUUGUGGACAUGCUGGAUUUGUCAAACAAGGAUGGGAGAUUUUCAGUAACAUGGAGAGAGAUUUCAUGAUCAAACCAAGGAUGGAGCAUUACUCAUGUAUGGUUGAUUUGUUAGGUCGGGCGGGUAGUUUACAAGAGGCAUUAGAAUUCAUAGUGGGAAUGCCUGAAAAACCAAACUCUGAUGUUUGGGCUGCUCUUCUUGGAGCUUCGACAAUACAUGGUGAUGUGGAAUUGGCAGAUUUUGCAGCAAAGGAACUUUUCAAAAUAAGCAGCAAAGAGCGGCCAGGGGCUUACAUGGCUUUGUCUAAUACUUUUGCUGCAGCUGGGAAAUGGGAGGGAGUAAGUGAAGUGAGGAAGUUGAUGAAAAGCAGAGGUGUUUCUAAAGUUACUGGUUGCAGUUGGGAAUGAUAAUGGUUUCAUCUUGGUUCAUGUGAGCAAAAAUUAUGAAACAAGCUGUUUAGGCCUAAGGUUGCUAGUUGGAGGCUUGGGUCGCUCAAACUAACUUAAUCAUCUAACUUAAAUGGCUGGGAGACCCUGUCUAUAGGGUGAUAAAGAGCAGCAAAACAAUUUCAACGGAGACUAAUAGUUAAACUUGGGCUGAAUCAGUUGAUGAUCAUCAGGAGUUCACUGUUCACUCCUUUAAAACUCGAAAGCCAGCGAGUUUAGAGCGCUAUCGUUGCUUGGAGAAACUGUGAACGGGGAAGGUGCAGCAGGGAUUGCCUUCCUCGGAAAGAGCCAAAGAGGCAUUCACUUCUCUAGUUAAAGAGCGUUCAAGCCAAGCCCAUGAACAAGAUUUUGGUAUUUGGAGCUUCUAUGACCAAUUUUAGGAUGGGAAACCACUCGGUCUUUGCAUUGUAUUCAACUUAACUUUAACAUUAAAUAAGUAGUUAGUGACACAUGCAUGAUGCAUGCUCAUUAAACAUUUGGUA